AUGUUUUCCACAGAAGUCCUCCUUUUUGCUGUCUUCAUUUCGACUGCUCUGGCUGGACCAUGGGCUAAUAUCUGUGCUGGCAAGUCUUCCAAUGAGAUCAGGACAUGUGACAGCCAUGGCUGUGGCCAGUAUACUGCUCAAAGAAAUCAUAGGCCUCACCAGGGUGUGGACGUCUUGUGCUCUGAUGGAUCGACUGUGUAUGCGCCUUUCACCGGAACGAUUGUAGGCCAGGAGAAACCUUAUAAGAACAAAAAUGCCAUUAAUAAUGGAGUUCGGAUAUCUGGAAGAGGUUUUUGUAUAAAAAUGUUCCAUAUUAAGCCAAUUAAAUAUAAAGGUUCCAUCAAGAAGGGAGAAAAACUGGGAACUGUAUUGCCCUUGCAGAAAGUUCAUCCUGGCAUACAAUCCCAUAUACAUAUUGAAAACUGUGACUUGAGUGAUCCUACUGCAUAUCUCUAA